UGAGUAGAAACAGCAGCAGCAACAGCUUGCCCAGCAGCAGCACUUUCCCGUUCACUCACUCUCACGCGCGCUCUCGCUCUCUCUCUCUCUCUCUCUCCCCUGGAGCCGCCGCCUGCACAGCGCCACAGUCGCCGGCCGAGCACGCCGCCGUCGACACCGUCCAAGGGGAGGACAACGCCGCUACACUGCUAACACCCCGCAUCGCAACCGUGCACGGAGGAGGCCUCGGCGCGUCGGAGACCGAGCCACGUGGGUGGAGGGAUCUGGGCUGGGGAAGCACCGCCGGCCGUGCUGUGGUUGAAGCCGCCGGGGAACGGUGCGCUGCCCCCGUCGACCGCAGUCUGCACAAUCCCGUCGGCUUGCAGUCCGAGCCUCUUCCCUGUCUUUGAGGGGUGAAGAAGAAAGGGGCGAUGGCGCAGUCGGCUGUGAACACCGUGCUCGGGAGCGUGGGCAAUCUUGCAGUCCAGGAGACCACAUUCUUGUGUGCAGUCAACCUUGAAGUGGGGCUGUUGAAAGAUGAGCUGAUGAGGUUGCAGGCCUACCUCAAAGAUGUUGAUAGCAAGUGGAGAUCAGGAAAUGCAAGGGUUGCAGUCUUGGUGAGCCAGAUCAGGGAUGCGGCUUAUGAAGCUCAGAACGUCAUUGAAGCUGCAGAUCACAUGGAGAAGAGAAACAGGCUCAAGAAGGGAUUCAUGGGUGCUAUUUCAAGGUAUGCUAGAUUGCCGAAUGACUUGGUAACCCUUCGUAAAAUCGGUGUUGAAAUUCAACGUGUAAAAAGGAAGAUCAAGGAGAUUUUUGCAUCUGCACAAAAUCUGAAUAUUAGUCUGGAUAACAAUGUUUUUGUAAAGGACGAUUUUUCACAAGAUGAUGGUCCUAUACAUCAAAACUCUGAAGAUGAUGUUUUCAUGGUUGGUUUUGAGGAUGAGCACAAAGGAAUAGUGGACAAGUUAGUUGACAAUGAUUACCUGCUUAGUGUUGUGUCUAUAGUUGCCAUGGGCGGGGCAGGAAAGACAACACUUGCUAGAAAAGUCUACACUUCAUCUAGAGUCAAAGAGCACUUUGACACACUUGCUUGGGUGACUGUAUCUCAAAAGUUCAAGGGCAUUGAUUUGCUAAAGGAUAUCAUGAAACAAAUAACAGGGCACAAAGAUGAGUCAGUUAACCAAAUGACGGAGUAUGAGGUGGGAAAGAAGAUCAAUGAAUUUCUUUCAGAAAAGAAAUACUUUGUUGUUCUUGAUGAUGUUUGGGAAACAGAUACAUGGGAGCAAUUAAACGGAAUGAUUACAGUCUUUCCAGAUGCAACUAAUGGUAGCAGAGUACUGUUAACGACACGAAAAGAAGAUGUUGCAAAGCAUAUUCAGAUGCCAACCUAUGUUCAUCCUUUGAAGAAAUUAAAUGAAGAGAAAAGUUGGCAACUUUUUAGUAGCAAAGCUUUACCAACAUACAAAAGGUCUGCCAUACGUGAUGUGGACGAGUUUGAAAAGCUUGGGAGAAAGCUUGCAAAGAAAUGUGAUGGAUUACCACUUGCACUUGCAGUUUUGGGAGGUUAUCUGUCUAAAAAUCUAAAUGCACAAAUAUGGUCCGAUAUACUCUCUGAUUGGCCAGCAACCAAAGAUGGACAAAUGAUGAGUGUCAUACUGGCACGCAGUUACAAGGACCUACCAAAUCAUCAUUUGAGAUCUUGUUUACUUUAUUUUGCUGCUUUUCCUGAGGAUUAUCAAAUAGAUGUGCCGGAUCUUAUUAACUUGUGGAUAGCAGAAAGUUUCAUUCCACAUACACCAAACCAUACACUAGAAGAAACAGCACGGAGCUAUGUAACCGAGUUGGCUCAGAGAAGCUUGGUCCAAGUUGUUCGCAGAAGUACGGCACAUGGAUGGAUAGAGAGAAUAAGGAUUCACGAUAUCUUGCAUGACUGGUGCAUACAAGAAGCAAGACAAGAUGGUUUUCUUGAUACAAGCAACAAAACUGCAGGCCAAGCAGGUGCAUCAUCAUCAUCAUCUGAUAACUUGAUAUCUUAUCGUUUUAGUUUUCAAACUUUGAGUUAUCAGAUUUUACCUGCGACGCCUAAUGUCCGAAGUCUGCUUGGCUUUAAACUCUUAUCAGUGUCCCUUCCUAAGCUGAGAUUCCUGAGAGUUCUUUGCAUUGAAAAAUCAACACUAAAACAUUUCUCCAGCGUAAUUGGUGGGUGCAUUCACCUAAGAUUGCUUAGGUUGGCAGAUUGUGGAUGUGUGGUGUUACCUUCUUCAAUUGGCAAACUCAUUUACUUGCAGACUAUAGAUCUCAGAAACACAAUUUUGUUGUCAGUAGUACCAAACUCUCUCUGGGAUAUCCCUACUCUAAGGCAUGUUUACCUUUCAUUUUACCCUACCCAAAGGUAUGUUGACCCUUCACAUAGGACAAAAUUUUGUCCACCACCACCUGCAAGGAGUGUGCGACUGCAGCCGAAAGAGCUACAGAGCUUUCUGUUGGAUCUUGCUCCUGUUGGCGCUGAUUUCCGCUGGCAUGACAUGAUGAUUUUCUUGGGCCAGAUGAAUCAACUAACAACCUUCUCGUUGGCUUACCACAAUAUACCAGCGGAGUUGCUCAACAUAUUUGCAAACAUGCCUCACCUGGUUGAUAUUAGUCUCCGCAAAUUUGAUGUGCUCGAUAAGCUGCCUGCUGAGUUCCCACAAAGCGUACGUCAUCUUGUUCUACAUGCUGAUGUCAUAAAACAAGACCCAAUGCCGAUCCUGGAGAAACUCCCCUGUCUUGUGGUGUUGGAGUUGAGUGGGUACAAAGGCCAGACCAUGUGCUGCUCCUUCCAAGGGUUCCCUCGGCUGCAAGAGUUAGAACUACAUGAUUUUUCCACCGAGGAGUGGAGGAUAAAGGUCGGGGCAAUGCCAAAGCUCUCCCACCUGUCACUUUGGUGGUGCAAGAAGAUGAGCAAGCUCCCCGUGGGGUUGCUGCACCUUCCAUCCCUCGGUCACCUGAAGCUGAGCAAUAUGGACCAGAUUUCUGAAGAUGACAUCACACUAAAGGAGCUGCGGCGGAAAGGGUGCGAGGUGGAGGUUAGAGAACUCCGGUGCCCUCCGGUCCGUUUCUGAAAUUCUCCCCUCGAAUCCAUCUCUUCCUCCUCCCAAUCCUCGCAUCUCUCCUUCCCCUUUGUCGAUGGUCUCGCCUCCCCGUUCUCCGGUGCCGUCGCCUGGCCCUGUACGAGAUGGAGCUGAGGAGAGUGCCAAGGUCGCCGGACGCCUCUCCCCCGAGCUCGACGAGCUCAAGGCUGGCCUACGUCUCCGCUCCCUCGGCGACACCACCGCCGGCCGCAUGCACCUCCCUCAAACCACAAGACUAGCUCCGCACGGGAGGGUGGCCAACGACGCCUCUUCCCCUGGCGGCAGUGAUGGUGCUGAUCCUCCAAGAGGUCUGAUUGUAUUUAUUUUCUUUCGUGUACAAAAGUCUCAGUGCAUUUUCAGUGCAAAAUGUAUAUACAGUCCAAAAACUAGAUCGUAUUCCUUGUACAGAGCAUGCAUGUUUUACUUGCUCAUAAGAAAUCCAUAUGUAUUGAUAAUCAAGUUCAUUUCUUCUGGUGCAUCAAGUUUAUUUCUGAAA